CAAGAAAACAUGUCUGUUCAGAAAGUAGCUCUCAUUACCGCGAGCUCUGCCGGUGUUGGAGCUCAAGUUGCUCGCGUUCUCGCUCCAGAUUUCCGUGUGGUUGUGAACUAUUCUUCCAAUCGGUCUCGCGCAGAACAACUUUUGGAAGAAUUAAACAGUACCCCAUGCACACAUUCUUCACCCGAAAACCCUCGCUUCCAUCUCCUUCAGGCCGAUGUCUCGUCCAAGGAUGCAGUGGAGAAUCUGGUAAAGGAGACCCUCAAAACCAUGGGACGAUUGGACGUAGUCGUUUCAAACGCGGGCUGGACCCGCAUGACCAACUUCUUGAACAUUGACGAAGGUGUAAAUGAGGACGACUGGGACAAGUGCUUCAUCAUGAACGUCAAAACCCACCUGUGGCUAGCCUACGCCGCGAAAGAAGCAUUGGCGGAAAACGAAGGGACCUUCAUCUCCACAGCAAGCGUUGCCGGCGUCAAGCCAUCAGGUUCGAGCUUGCCCUACGCUGUAACGAAAGCAGCACAGAUCCACCUUGCCAAAAGCCUGGCAGUCAUCCUGGCACCCAAGAUCAGGGUAAAUAGUGUGAGCCCCGGUAUGCUGUUGACGGAGUGGGGAAUGAAAUUUCCCCAGAGCAAGAGAGAUGCCGCGGUUAACAACACGAAGCUGAAGCGACUGGCCACGGUUGAGGAUGUCGCAGAUCAGGUUCGAACGUUGGUCUUGAGUAGGAGCGUCACCGGUCAAAAUCUGGUUUUGGACGGUGGAUCCUCGUUAUAA